AUGCCGCCCUCCCAGCAUUUUCGAUGGAAUUGGUUUCCUUUUGCUCUCACGAAAGUCGACGUUGUUUAUGGCGGAUCUUUCGCUGCCUAUGACUGCGACCUGCUCCACUGGUUCCUUGAAGCGGUCCAUCAGCCGGAAGCUCAGUUCGAUAUGGGACAAUAUUUCGUCAGCAAGGGUUUCUCGCGACCACAGCCGCUAGCUCCUCGUCACCACUCCGCUCACGCAACUGCCUCAUGCAUCGAGUCCUUUUGA